AUGAAAGUGUGCCUACUCUCAGCCGCAGUAAGUCUGAGAACCGGAGAGGGAUUUAGCAUUCCUCUCUCCACCCCGGUUGACCGGGAAGGGUGUCAGGUGGAUCUACCCCAGUCGUAGCAGGACUGGGCAAUAGAGAAGUUGGAGAAAAGGGAAGAGUUGUGUACUUGAUAACUAGAAUUGAGCAAUUAAGAGCAUAGAUCAUGAACCAGGCAGCAACUCAAACCUACGCCCAGGGCAAGUUGCAAGCCUUGAGGCAGGACUUCCAGGCAGAAAAGGAAGCACUGGCUAAGCAAGUACUGGUCCUUCAGGGACUUGUCAGAAUUUAACCAUUUGUUUUUGCAUAUGCUGUAAGAGCAGUGUGUUUGCCACAAGAGAAAAUUGAAUAGUUAAAUGCCAAUGGGUCAUGCGUUUUGCCCAAGUGGCAAGCCUCACGAGGGAGGACUCGGGUAGCCUUGUGAGUAAGAAUGUUUAAGAGAAGAGACCAGGAAGGGUGGGGGCUAGUUGAGAAGCCCACCCUCCUAUUUAAAUUGGUAGUGAAAAACCUGGUGCCCAUGGAAGGGACGGUUCAGCAAGAAAAGCAGGAUCGGGCCCAAGCAGGCAGGCAAUAGAUAGAGAGAUUGGAGAACAGGUUGGAAACUUUGAGGGCAUAGUGGAAGGAAAGGAGUAAGUAAUUAUAAGCAUGGGGAUUUCAAAUCCCCAGGAUAAUAAUUGAAAUGGUAAAAUGUGUGUAAGACAGCGUCUUUGUACCAAGGUGCAAGGCUCUCCUUUCUUCUGCUGAAUAAAGCAACUCUUCCUUAUCCCUGUCUGGCUGUUAUUGGCUCUCAGCUAGGUGGACCCGAUAUUUUGGUGACAGUUACUGGCAACUCCGGUUAAUGAAUUUCUGUCUUAUACAUUUAGGUGUUAGGUGUGUGGACGGAACUGAGCCUCUCAUUUGUAAUUCCUCAGAGUGGAAGCCAUCGUGUGCAAUGAAGCUCUGAGGUUGAAUUGGGAUCCUUCUGUCCCGUCCCCUGUAGCGGUCAGUAUUAGUAGAAAUUCCUGUAAUAGGAUCCUAUUAGGCCAUAAUUCCCUCUGUUCUCUGUGUAAUUCUCUGUUAGAGUAUCAGCAGGCAGAUGGGUGGGUCUCUGGUAAAACCCUCUAAGGAUAGCCCUUUGAAUUAUAUGUUAAGUAAAUGGCCUUUACCCGAUGUUCAGGAAAGAAUAAAGAUUUGAAUUUGUUUUUGGAUAACAAAAUAGCAGAUAAAAGAUCUGGUAAAAAGAGAGAGAAGGACAGUGCCCCUUGCUCUGUGUGAUCGAGCUGUCACUUUACUAGGGGUGCAUGGAGAUUUUGUAAGCACAAAAGAAACAGUUAUACCUUGUGUAGAAAUUGAUGUGGCUAGUGUUGUGGAAAUUGAAUUGUGGAUAGGAUGUGCAUUUUCCCCAGAACAUGUGCAGUGUAUAUUGUAGCAGAGGUAAAAAAUGCAAACCUACCAAUAUAGGUUGUGUUGUCUCUUUUCAGAUCACUGGGUGUUUGAAAGCAGGAGUUAGAAGUAAAAGGCAAUCAAAAGUCUGGGAAAGUUAAUUGUGACUUCUUAAGUAAGAAUCUUUAAGCUGUGGAUAGCUUUGGAUCUGAAAGCAAGCCAGAAAGCAUCUGUAUUAAUGCAAUUUUCUAACUAAUAAGGUAGAAGCCACUGAAACCUGGGCUGCCUAUGAAACAAAUACAAGGAAAUAUGGGGUAAUUCCUCUGUUUUGUCUAAAAUCAACAAGAGUGUGUGUGUAUAUAAAGGAAAUAUUUUAAGCAAUGACUGACUACCCAGAAGGGGUAGACCUCUGUUCUUUUGUCUUUCAGAUCAUCAGAGAAAACGGAUGCCAGCUGAACAGCAUUCAAUGUACCAUGCAUUUACUGAUAAAAGAAGUGCUACCCAAAGACCCUAGCAGCCCUGCCAUUCAUUGAAACAAGGAGACUGAGUCUACGUAAAGUCCAUCAACGAAAGACUGCUUUGGCUCCACACUGGAAAGGCCCUUUCCAAGUCCUGUUAACCACCACCACCACUGUGAAGUGCCAAGGACUACCUGCCUGGACCCAUGCUUCUCACUGUAAAAAGACCCCUCCACCUCGGGAGGACUCUCCGACUGAUGAUAAGCCUAUUUCUCCUUCUAGCUCUGCUGUGUCUUCUGGACAGCAGAAAAAAGAAAGAAAGAAAAAAAAAAAAAGACAAGGUGAAGUGCUAGUAACCUCUCCCUUGUCCACUGACAGACCUACUGUGCCUCUGGAUUUUUCUAGAAGAAGCAAAACCAUUACAGGGUGAUGUGCUAGUAACCUCUCCCCUGUAUGAUGCUAAACCACACUGUUUCAGGAAAAGAGAAGAAGGAACACUUGCUUCAUUGGAACCACCAAAGUCCAGGGAUUCCUGACUACAAGAGACAUUAAGAACUGACCCUGGUGAAGAAACAAAGAAUUAUACACUGGCAGGAAGAAACUUGUGGGACCCAUGCUUGGGAACAUGGUAUUGAUUGGAUUUUGGGGUUUAUUCUACAGGCUGCGCCCUGUGUUUUGGAUAAGUCCUUCAGCAUGUAUUGCCCUCCCUAAUUGUAUUUUAAAUGAUAAGUACCAAAGGCACCUUGUUGCCAUUGCCCCUGCCAUCUCCUCCAUUACACUAUUACCCCUGUAACACAUCCAAAUACAGACAAUGCCAUAUAUUUGAUAAAACCAAUGACUAAGGCCUUCACACUUUCGUGAUUUAUUUAAAUAUUGUUUGAAAAAAUAUAUUUUUAAGGUUCAGGAUAUCCCAUAUAAGUGAACAAUUGAAUGGAUCAGUGGAGAUAAAAGUAUAUGAUAUCACUACCAGUGAACCCCAAGAAUUUAUAAUUGCUCACAGGGGGCUGCCAUUAGAUUAGCACAACAGUGGGCUUCGGUUAUUUCCUCUAGAAAGAAGAGAGACUUGACCGGAUCCCUUUGGGAUGGGGCCAAUAAUGCAGCAGCAGUUUGGAAUAUUUUUAAGAACCAAGAACAUGAUGAGAAAUUGGGGCAACUAGAGAAGGCCAUUGGCCUUGUUUCUGGAGCACAACUAACCCAGGUACAGGCUGGAGUUGAUGAGUUACAUGUUAUUUCCGCCCUUAGUUCAAUGACCCAGAAGUUGCUGACAGAGAUGGUAUUGAAUAUCACUGAGGCUGGGAAGGCAUUGCAGUGGGAUCUAGCAUGCUCAGAGAUUCAGGAUUUCUUGAAUGACCAGCUAAUGGCCAUUCGUAAUGAUCUAGAGCACCAGGCUUGGCCCACUGCCCUUACAGACACAUCAGGAGUACCAUCUGAUCUGUGGCCAUGGAGACAUACUUGGAAACUUUCUGGGUGGAAGUGUGGACGUUCUCAGUGCUCCUUCCAAGAAUAUGGACCGGUUCAGGGGGUGUGGGCUCCCACAUACCGAAUCCUGCCAGGUCCAUGGGGAGGAUGCAUGUGGGAUUGGGUAAUUCACCGAGACAUCUGGGAAAUUAGACCUCCUGGUAUGCCCAAUCGAUUUUUAGUCAGUGCUCCUGGGAUUACAUCUGAUAUUUGGAUGGGAUUAGGGAGUCAAUGGACAUUUUGGCCGUUACAACCCCCACAGCUUCAGUGUAUCCGUAAACUGAAGCCAGGAGAAGUUGUUACUCUUCAUGACUACGUUUGCUGGGAGGGUAGGGAACAAGGAACUACCCUGACAGGACACUUAUUUUUUCAAGCUAAUGAUAGCUGUGUGUAUGUUAAAACCACCACAUUGCAAGACAUACAUUUUAAUCUCAUUACCACUGCAGGCAAUCAUAUUAUUUACUGGCCUGCAGAUAGAAUUUUGCAAGUAGUCCUUAGGUUCCAGAUACCCUUUAAUUGGACUAGUUUAGUACCUGAUCGAUUUCAAAAUUUGCUUUCACUGUUACCAGAGGUUCAAAAAAUCUCUGAAGUACAAGGGCAAAUUCACAUGCUUCAAAAUAUGUAUCAAGUUAAAAAGUAUGCCUUUCAGACAGCUUAUAGAGUAUCCACCUUAUGUACUAAGUAUGAUGUAUUGUGUUAUAUGACUAAGAUUGUACAACAACCCCAUCAUAUUAUUGCUAUGGGAAUGUUAUUGCUUGUGUUGUGCAGGAGUAUGUUAUUGUUGUUGUAAAGGACGUAAUAAUAGUAAUACCUUUCAUGUCCAUGCUCAUCAUGCAUUGUCAUUACAUCCAAUCAAAACCCCUAAGGUUGAAGCAUCUGAUGUAGAAUCUGAAUUCCGAGAUUUAAUGCAAAUAGAGAUUUGAAA